AUGCUUGAGUUGCAGGAAGAGGCCGUGAAGGCAGGAAUCGUUGUUUUCAACGAGAUCGGUCUUGAUCCCGGUAUUGACCACUUGUACGCUGUCAAGACCAUUGACGAGGUUCACAAGCAAGGUGGUAAGAUCAUUUCUUUCUUGUCUUACUGCGGUGGUUUGCCUGCUCCCGAGGACUCGGAUAACCCAUUGGGUUACAAGUUUUCUUGGUCUUCUCGUGGUGUUCUUUUGGCUUUGAGAAAUGCUGCCAAGUACUGGAAGGACGGCAAGAUUGUCGAGAUCACUGGUGAAGAGCUCAUGGCCCACGCCGUUCCAUACUACAUCUACCCUGGUUACGCAUUUGUUGCCUAUCCUAACCGUGACUCUACUCCUUAUAAGGAGAGAUACAACAUCCCUGAGGCCCAAGAUAUUGUCCGUGGUACUUUGAGAUACCAGGGAUUCCCCGAGUUCGUCAAGGUUCUUGUUGAUAUUGGAUUCCUUUCCGACGACAAGGUCGACUACCUUUCCAAGCCCAUUGCCUGGAAGGACGCUCUUGCCCAACUUUUGGGCUCUUCUUCUACCGACGAGAAGGAUCUCAUCUGGGCCAUCUCUUCCAAGACCAAGUUCAAGAGCACUGCUGAGAAGGAUAGAAUCAUUGCCGGUCUUAAGUGGCUUGGUGUCUUCUCUGACGCCCACAUCACUCCCCGUAACAACCCUCUUGACACUUUGUGUGCCACUUUGGAGGAAAAGAUGCAAUUCGAGGAGGGCGAGAAGGAUCUUGUCAUGCUCCAACACAAGUUUGUCAUCGAAUGGGCUGACGGCAAGAAGGAGACCCGUACCUCGACCUUGGUUGAGAACGGUAACCCUGCCGGCUACUCUGCCAUGGCCAAGCUCGUUGGUGUUCCUUGUGCUGUUGCCGUUCUCCAGGUCCUUAACGGCACUAUCAAGACCCCCGGUGUCCAUGCCCCUGUCACCCCUGAGUUUGCUUAUCCUUUGAUGAAGCAACUCAAGGAGGACUACGGCAUCGAGCUCAAGGAGAAGACUGUUUCUUAA